GUGAUAUAAAACUUCAGAAGAUCUGUCCCGAGUAUCCCGGUGUAUUGUACGGUUUGAAUUCUGAUUUUACUGAAUUUAAUAACUUAAAUUCACUACAUAUUCAACAUUUGCAAAAGAAUCUUUUAUUAUUUUAUUCGAUUAAAAGAUGAAUAAGGUGCCAACAAAAAACGCAAUGGCAGGGGUCAAACCUGUUCAAAAUCCAACAAAAAAUUGGUUUCUAACAAAUGCCGGGCGUCGAUUUACGCUUGGAGCCGCUGUAGUUGCAGGAGCUACAACAUUUUGCAUGCACUACGUCCCAAACACGUUUCUGCUGGACAAAUAUAAACAAUUCUACCAAAUGUUUAGAGGAGUUUCCGAGGUUGAGGUUGAGCCGUACAUUGCGAAACUCGGAGAAGAAGUCAUGGAUAAAUUAGGCUUCCACAGAAAUGACAAACAACUGUACAGAUACUUCACUGCCUACGGAUUUGACGCGCUGCAUCUCGGAAGUACAUUCUCAAAAUAUGGAGUGCUAGUUGGAGUGCCUUCAAAUUUUUAUUUUAAAUCGAAAGCCGACAUCGAGUACAACAACAUCACUGUGCAAGGGGAACCCAUCAAACAAAAAUCCACCCCUGAAGACAAGGACCAGUUGCUUGACUCUCUGAUUCUUAGCGACAAGGCCAAGCAGUUUGCUCUUGGCGUCCAGAUUUACGAGGCCAACACUGCUGAGAUUUUCAACCAAAGCAUCGCUCCCUCAGCGUCCAUCGUUGCCUACUACACUUUGUCAACUCAUUUCAACCAGAAGUUUAAUGGCUACGCAAGGCCAGUCAGCUAUAGAGCAUUUAUGUACACCAUGAUAGGGGCUUUUGUGACUGGCGUGUACUAUUGCCUUAGAGAAGUCAGCACGCACGCAAUGGAAAAACAAGCAGAUAGGAAGGUUGCGAAGCUCGGGCUCGAACACGCUGAAGGUGGAGUCGAAUACUACUCGAAAAUUCUGCAAAGGAACAAGGUUCUGCGGAGAGUCAUGGGCAGCAAGGGCGAAUCCUUGUUCACUGUCUCUGGGGAUGUUGAAAGCCUGGUAUUCACGCCUCACGUGCCAAUCACCCAGAGGCUAAUCAGUUGUAAAAAGAUUGUGGAAGAAUUAAAUGCAAAUCCCGGCUUGGCAAAGGUGACAAAGGCGCCGGAAAAGUCAAGCAAAAGAUUGUCGCCUAUGUUUAUGGGUAGCAACACUGAGGAAGUGCAAUCGGAAAUGAAUAAGAUGAAUAAGUAGGCUGCUGGAAAUAAAUAGUUUUAUGCAUUGA